AGAGUCCGAGCCUGGGAUUGUUCCGGAAUGGUCAUGCAGAAAAACAUUUGCCCUUUCUACAAGUCAACCUAAAUUACGCCUUUUUACUCCUUGACAAUCUGACCAAUCGGGUUCAGCUGUAAAUUUGAAAAGCAGUGAUGUGAGCAAAUCACCGAGCGAAAGUUUGACAGAAGGGGCGGAAACAGGCGUCUUGCUAGGGUGUCGCCGUGGUGCCUGCAUUUGGCGACGUCACGGCUGUCGUUUGUUUCAUGGUCUAAUCAUCGACAUAACAAAUAAUUGUAACAAGAUCGUUAAUUGACACACUUUUAACAUACGAAAAUUUAUAAUUCUUCUCGAUCGCAAGUCCUGAGGCGGUUGUAAUGACGGGGAAUUCAAAUAAUUUUAAUGAGCUCGUUGGUAGUUUGAAGAAAGAGUAAGUCGGGGAGGGGAGCCAUUUUGUCCCGACAGUGCGAGAGAAAGAAAGAGUGGAAAAGGGGAAUCACACGGGAUACAUUUUUUUGGGUGGUUUUUAAUUCAAAUGCUGUAAGACAACCCGGUUUGCUACUCUUCGGUUACUGUUGCGACACGCUACCCCUGGUGGUAUAUAGCUAACUAGCCAACUAGAUAUCAACAUAACUCAAAUAUUACACACCGUUCCUCUGCUUGUAACUCAGGCUGGCUCUAGACCUGCGGUAGAUAGUUUCUGCUCUGUCCUGCGAACACAACUUGUCUAUCGAUGGCGAAGAAGACCUACGACCUGCUCUUCAAGCUCCUGCUGAUCGGUGACUCGGGCGUGGGGAAGACCUGCGUGCUGUUCCGAUUCUCAGACGAUGCCUUCAACACCACCUUCAUCUCCACCAUAGGAAUAGACUUCAAGAUCAAAACUGUUGAACUCCAGGGAAAGAAGAUCAAACUACAGAUAUGAUCACCACGUCCUACUAUCGAGGCGCCAUGGGCAUCAUGCUG